AUGAAUCGCAUGCCUCCUCCGGACGGGCACCAUGGGCACCCGGGUCCGCAUACAGCAUACGAGUCCUCAUGGCGCUCUUCAUACCCUCCGACUUUCGAUAACCACCCCUCCGAUUCCCGCCGCCCCUCCGCAAACCCCCAGACACCCUUGCCGCCUCAGCCACCGGGAUACCCCGUGAUGCCCAACCGUGAGCUGCCACAAUUAAUAUCGGAAGGCCCAUAUGGUCGCCCAAAUGGCCAUGGCCUGCCCCUACAUGCGCCCCCGAUGAAUGGCGCGCCGCACGAGAGCUCACCGGAUUAUCGCGCUCGUAUGGGCUACCCACCCCCGGAUCAGAUUAAUAGCGCUGAACAUACACCCGUUUCGGGUGCUCUGCCUCCUGCUUCACAGUUCAUGACACCCGGUGCCCAAAUGGCGAGUGCUACGCCACCUGCCGGAUAUGAUCAAGCUUUUUAUCAAAGCCAGACGUUUGGAGCACGUCAGCGCAAGGCAAAUAGAGCCACGCAGGCUUGUGAUCAAUGUCGAGCUAGGAAAGCAAAGUGUGAUGAGGGACGACCGAAUUGCAGUCACUGUAAAGAGAACAACCUUGGCUGUGUCUACAAAGAGGUACCGCCGCACAAGCAAGAGAAAACUACCCAGCUGGUAUUGGAUCGGCUCUCCCAGAUAGAGAACCGUAUGGAGGAGCGAGCCAACCGUAUGGAUGAGCGUUUCGAAAAAAUGCAAAAACAAAUGCAAGAGCAGAUGCAAGAGCCAAUGUUCAACAAGCUGGUCAAACAACCAACUCAGACUGUCCAAGAACGUCCGGCCCUCCUGCCACCACCACCACCGGCCAUGAAGCAGGACCCGCCUUUCAAGACCGAGAUGCUUCCGACCCAUGUUUCGACUGCAAAUAUUCUGGACCCCGGGAGUAGCCAGGAUGCCGCCGCGUCGAAAUUCAGCCAAUCUGUUGGACCCAUAGGCCCGAGGCUCGAGGAUCAAAAGGAGGCUGAGGGAGAGCUCUCCAUUCCAGUGGAGCACACAACUGCAGCUCACAAGCUAUUGAUGUGGCCGUCAAUUAAGAGGCUGUUACACCCCGCUGAAUAUGACGAAGAUUAUGUGAUGCGGUUGGAAGAAGAGCGCGGUCUCAUUAGCAUAUACGGCCAAGGCGAGAUCUCAUACACCACAGAUGACAGCCAAUUACCGAAUGGUGGUGACACCACGGCCCGACCCGAUGGGGAUGGCGCAGGACCGGAUGCCGAUGUCGACAUCGACGAAGCUGGAAAUUUUAAGCUGGAUGGUACGACCGCUAAGCGCUACUUUGACAGCUACAUGGACCACAUGUUUAAGCUUCACCCAUUCCUUAUGGAGAAUGAGUUGAAGGCCAUGAUCGAUACCUUUAUCCGAUGCUAUUGCCGCCCGAACACCUCACCAAGUUCGACUUCCAAUUACACACGACUAGCUCGCGACGGUCCUCCACCAGCCAAAAGGAGGCGGUCAAACGACAACUUAGGUGUGCGUGGCGAGUUCAUGGAACCUGUUUCUAACCCGCCGCGGCCACGAGUCGGUAAAAAUAUCCACAAUGCCAUGAUCUUGCUGUGUAUGGCCAUCGGAGCGAUUUGCGAAGCUCGUGCCCCUCUCCCUGGGCCUAUCAUGGACAAGAAGGUUGACUACCUCAACCAGGACAUUCCUCCUCCGCUGCCACCAUUUGUCCCACCGCCGACUGUAAAUGGGACAUACGUUACCAAUGGUGUGCUCUCCCCAGCAAACUCUGACUCGACGCCCAUGCAGAUGUCGCUUUCGAGUUCUCUUUACGCUAUGCCAACCCAGUCUCCUGGCCAAUCUUUCUCAACCGCUCCAACGAAAGAAAGCAUAAAGGGCCUGUCAAGGCGAGACGUGACACACACGCAUGAUGAACAUGGGAACACGAAGAACUAUCAGGUCAUUCCUGGCCUGACUCUCUAUGGAUACGCGACCGCAAUCUUAGGCCAUCUGCAGGGUGGCAACGAGCUGGAACAUGUCCAGUGUGGCUUGCUUGCUGGUCUUUAUGCCGGCCAAUUGGCCCAUCCCUUCCAGAGCCACAGUUGGAUUUCUCAGGCCUCAAGGGCUUGCCAAGUUCUCGUGAGAACCAAACGAUAUGAGCGACUCGAAGAAGGGCCUACGCAGGACUUGUACAACUUUGCUUAUUGGACCUGUCUGCAAUUGGAGAGUGAUCUUCUCGCAGAGCUAGACAUUCCAGCGAGUGGCAUUUCCCGUUCCGAGGGUCGGUUGGCUAUCCCAAAAGGAAAAUGGACACUCAUUCUACCGAACGAUCUCAACUCACCCCAGACGAUGGUGAUGCUGUUUUAUUCUGCUCAAAUUCAUCUACGCAAAGUCUUGAAUCGAGUUCAUACAGACUUAUACAAGGUCGAAAAGCAAGGUCAGACACGAUGGUCAUCCACCGUUCAAGAGGCUCUAAGCCUCAACCUUGACCUCUGGCGUAAAAGCCUACCACAAAGCAUGCAGUGGGAGGAAAGCGAUCCGCCGGCAAACGAAAUCAAUGCCGCUCGCAUGCGUGCCAAGUAUUACGGUGCCCGGUAUAUUAUUCACCGACCUCUCCUCUACCAUGCCCUGCACUACGGCCACACAGGUGCCCGCGUGGGUCCAGUUGGUCAGUCUAUGGUGGACUCACCAACAUCGCAACAAUUGUCUCCCUCAAUGCUACACAGCGUUGUUCGGGCUCCGAAAAUGGCGCGUAUGUCUAGUGAGAUGGGUUCUAUGCCGGCCGCAGUCUCCACUGACUGGCAACCCCCUAAAGUCCGUUUACGCGAACUGCCGAAGAAGCUGAAGGCUGCCUGCGACAUCUGCAUUCAAUCGGCUAUCAAGAGCACAGAGGCUUUUGACGGUGUAGGUGGACAUCGUUUAAUUGUUACCAACAUCUUCGGCACUGCCCAUGCACAAUUCGGCAAUAUGCUAGUCCUAUCUGCAACUUUCAUGUCAAGUCUACAGGAACUCGUCGAGCCAGAGCAACUCGAGCGUCUCCUCGUCCGCACCAUAGGCUUCCUUGUUCAAAGCGAAAACAUAUCCCCCACCCUCCGCGCCGAUGCUCGCAUUCUCACUCAGAUCUACGUCAAAAUCUUCAAUCGUUCUCCUGACUUGACGCAAGCCAACCGCAUGAGCAGCCACACCCCAAGCCUGAACAGCCACACCCCAAGCCUGAGCAGUCACACCCCAAGCCUGAGCAGCCAAACUACCAGCAUGAGCUUCCCUUAA